AUGAAUGUUUUUAUGUAUUUGCAAAGUUGUUUUUUAUUUUUCUAUUUGAUUCGAAUGAUUGUUGCUACGAAUGUUCAAGAUGAAAAUACACAUGAACGAAUGAUGAUACCAUAUAAAUCAGUAUAUGGUGUACCAAGUAAAUGUAAAGGAACGUCCAAUCAUCAAACGACCGAAGAAAAAUAUCAAAUCUGUCAAAUAAAUGCGAUUAAUAAAUGGAAAAUAACAUUAAAACAUUAUUACACUGAAAGUUGGAAUUUUUGUUGUUUCGUAUAUGAUGUUUUGGAAUGCGAAACAAAAGUUUUGUCUGAAUGUGACGAAGACUAUUCCGAUAUCAAUGACAAAGAAACAAGGCGAUUGUUUGAUAAAUCAUGUCAACCAAUCAUGGCAAACAAUCCUUGUAGCAAGAGUGAGGGUGGAGNAAAUGACGAAGACUAUUCCGAUAUCAAUGACAAAGAAACAAGGCGAUUGUUUGAUAAAUCAUGUCAACCAAUCAUGGCAAACAAUCCUUGUAGCAAGAGUGAGGGUGGAGGUAAAGAUUGGAUAUGGAAAGGAUUAGGAAUUGCUGCAGGAGCCGGACUAUUGUUGUAUUUGAUAUACGUAUGUGUUCAAUUUUGGAGAAAGGAAUAUAACACAGAAUUGAAAGCACUGGAAGCUUACAAGGCAGAGAAAUUUCAAAAAUACUAUGAAAAGGAAUUCGUUCGUGCUGUUUAUGACAAUGAAGUUGAAAAUCUCAAUAAACAACGGUUCACAAACGCUUUCGCACAAACAAAUGAGGAUGGAGAAACACAACCGAUCCAAAAACUAAAUAAUGAAAAAAUAUCGAAAAAUGAUUUGAAAAAAAUUGAAAAAAAAGUCAAAUCACAUAUCGAUGCAGAGUCGAAAAAUAAUCCGAAUUUCCUUGAGGAGUUCAAUAAAGAUCGAACAAAAUAUUAUGAACAACCAACUGGUGUAAUAGCAAAAAGUAAAAAAUUUUUCACGAGGUUAUGGCCGAAAAAGAAAGUGAAUAAUGAAGAACUAAUGAAAAAAGAAGAAUUGAUUCGAUCGGAAGCUCGUCGACAGUAUGAAAAUAUUCUUAAUCAAUCGCAAUCAACAGAACCGGGAAAGUUGAAAAGUUUGGUAGUAGCAGAAGAUGAAAACACCGAUUCACUUGUGGCAAAAGUGCUCAACAUUCUAAAUCAAGAACAAGUGGCUGUCCAUGAAAUAAUAAAAACUUCUGAUUUACCUGAGCCCGGAAAGAUUGAUGAACUGGAAAAAUGGACUAAAGUGUUCAAAGACACCAGGAAUAGGAUUCGAGAUGAUGAAUUUAACCAAAAGUUUGAAAUGACUUUGGAAAGGCCAACAAGUGACGAUCAAACUGACAAAAUCGUAGAAACUAAAAAUAAAUUAGUAGAUACCAAGUUGAAACAAAUAUCCGAAUCUACUCAAGAAACGGAUUCAAAUAAACAAUUAAAAGCAGCAAACGAUCAAACAAACAACCAAAAAGGCAAAAUCGAAAAAGCUAAAAAAAAAUUAGUAGAUUUCAAGUUGAAAAAUAUAUUCGGAUCUACUCAAGAAACAGAUUCGAAUAAGCAAAUAAAAGCAGCAGCAAACGACCAAACAAGCAAACAAGCAGGCAAAAUUGAAAAAACUAAAAAUAAAUUAGUAGAAAAUACCAAGUUGAAACAAAAAUCCGAAUCUAUUCAAGAAACCGAUUCGAAUAAACAAAUAAAAGCAGCAAACGACCAAACUGACAAAAUCGGAGAAACUAAAAAUAAAUUAGUAGAUACCAAGUUGAAACAAAUAUCCGAAUCUAAUCAAGAAACAGAUUCGAAUAAACAAUUGAACGAUGAUUCAAUGAAUGAAAAAAUCUCACAAGCAGCAAACGAUCAAGCGGCCAAAAUUCCAAAAAGUGAUUCUUUCAAAAAAAACAAAAUCCAAGAUACAUCAGCCAUUAUCAAGGCAGAUCCGAUAAAAUCCAAAAUAGAUUCAACAAAUAAACAAGGAGACAAAAUUAUGCAAUUGCUUACAGGAAUGCUUUCAAAUGAUGGGUUAGAUACCAAUAUGCCACAAACAUCCAAUUACGUAAAAAAAGUAAAAGCUAAUUACAAAACAGACAAUGAAGAAAUUUACAUCGAAAGUACUUUGGAAAAUAUAUCUUCAACAAGUCCAUCUGAAGCCAAAAAGAAAAAAAACAAACAGAGUGUUGCAUACCAGAAACAACCGAAAUCAAAACCAGUAGAAACGAAUGAAAGUGAAAUAGGAAAUUUGAGGAAAAAGAAAGUAAAAAGGAUGAAAACAAAUGUAUCCAAUGUUGAAGACAAGAAACAAUCGACAUCGGAACCAAUCGUAAGUCAAACGAAUGAAAAUCAGACUGCAAUUGCGUCAAAAGUCAAAAAUGAACAAACAACUACAUCCAACUUGAUAGAUAACAUAGCACAAUCGACAUCGAAACCAGUUGGAAAUCAAACAGCUAAAAUUCCAUCAAAUAAUACAAACAUAGAAGAUGAUAUAAAAAUACCAGCUAACAUAUUAGAUAGUCCACAAUUAAAAGAACAAUUGAAAAAAAUUGAAGAUAUUAAUGAUAUGAAAGAAAAAGAAUCGAUUUUAACAAGUAAAAUUAAACAAUUAGAAUUUCUUUAUGGAGAUAAAAAUGAUAUUCAAGAGUUGUUAGAACAUUAUAAUGCCAAUUUAGAAGCAAAAAAUAUGUAUAAUGAAGAGGAUAGAAAAGAUACUUUACUUGAUAUUGAAAUGAAUAAUCAAAAGAUGAUGGAAAAACAAUCUAGAACAAAAAGACAAGCAUAUGAUGGAACAGGAAUCAAAUUAAGUGAAACGAAGAAAAACGAAACUGAAAAGUAUGCAUUGAAAAAAUCAUUAGUAAGUAAAGAUCAAGCAUCAUUGAAUGGACAAGAUUCAAGUUCAUCAUCAAAUGAUUUUUCAGAUUCUCAUGAUGAAACACAACAGACAAUGUUGAAACAAAAAUCAACAAAUCUUUCCAAACAAACAAUGGUAGAUCAGCCAAUCGAGCAAAAUAUUGAAAUAUCUCAAUCAAACAAUAUUAUAGAUUCGUUGAUAAAACGUAUAAAAAAAUCAAUCAAACCAACAAUUUUAUCUGUAGCAAAAGAAAUACCUGAUCAACAAUUUACCGAUUAUACCAAACAACUUUAA